AUGAUGGAUACAACACAAGAUAAUGAAAUGAUGUACGAUUGUUCUGCCUUGGAUUCUAUGCAACAACAAGAGGAUGCCGAUCGUUGCCAUCAAACAUUCUUUGCAGAACAUAAAGAGUUAUCGGAAUUGAUUAAACAGUAUCAAGUGAAGGAGUGUUAUGAGAAUAUUCAACAAACAGGAACAGCCAUCAAUAGAAUUCUGUCAAAAUAUAUGGAACAAAGUCAAUUAUUGGAUCCUCAUCUCACUCAAAUUGUUUCGGAAUUGAUGCAUAUUGCGAGAAGAGUGAUUGGACUAAAUUCUGAAAAGAUUACAUUCGACAAUCCCAUUCAGGAGAAACAAAUUAGACACAAUUUAUUUCAAAGUAUUUGUACCUUGACCAAAGUGAGAGGCCAAAAAGUAGUGACAAAAUUAUUUCCUCAUGAAAUUGUUGAUUUGGAACCCCUAUUUGAAAUUUACAAGACCAUUCCAGCCAAUGAAUGGGAAACAAAAUACAUUUUACUGUUGUGGCUGAGUAUGAUUGUCAUAAAUCCAUUUGACUUGACAGUGGUCGAUCCAACAAACCAACUCCCAAGAAAAAUGCUUGAAGAAUGCAAAGCGCAAUUAUCAGAGCCAGGCAAAACAAGAGAUUCUGCUUCCUUAUUAAUUUCACGAUUACUCACUAGACCAGACAUGGCAAAAGAACAAUUACCAGAUUUUGUAAAGUGGGGAAUUGAGACCUUGUCCAAUUCAAAAACCACCACCUUUUUGAGAGCUGGAAUUCUACGUAGCAUUGUCAUGAUUUUCAAAAUUGGUAAGAGGGAUGAGUUGCUCAACGUCAUUCCACUCGUAUGGAGUACUGUCAUUUCUGAGGCCGAUACCAACAAUACCAUGUUGAGACAUCUCAAUGUUAAACUCAUCCAGAGAAUUGGCCUUACUUUUUUAAAACCUCGUGUCGUGGCAUGGAGAUAUCACACCACACGCCUCACACUCAUGCAUUUGAAAACUCAAACGAGCCAACAAACCGUUGCGAAUGAAGACAGCUCUGCCGCUGACGACGAAGAAAUUGAAAUCCCAGAAGAAAUUGAACAAAUUAUUUCACAUCUCAUCAAUGGAUUGAGAGAUAAGGAUACCAUUGUGAGAUGGAGUACUGCUAAAGGCAUUGGAAGAAUUACACUUCGCCUUCCCAAGUAUUUAGGUGAUCAGAUUGUUGAGUCUGUAUGUGAAUUGAUGAAUCCCAAUGAAGAUGACAGCUCAUGGCAUGGUGCUUCUCUUGCAUUGGCUGAAUUAGCACGUAGAGGGCUCUUACUUCCAGAACGACUGGAGCAGGUCAUUCCUCUGUUAGAGCAAGCUCUUGUUUAUGACGUUAGAAAGGGAACUCACAGCGUAGGUGCUCAUGUUCGUGACGCUGCUUGUUAUGUUUGUUGGGCGUUUGCAAGAGCCUAUGCUCCAGAUAUCAUGAAACCUUACAUGAAUAGACUCGCCCAGGGUCUUGUUAAAAUAGCAGUUUUCGAUCGAGAGGUCAAUUGCAGAAGAGCAGCAGCUGCAGCAUUUCAAGAAAACGUUGGACGUCAAGGCAGUUUCCCUCAUGGUAUUGAUAUUAUUACUGUUGCUGACUACUUUUCAUUGUGCAAUCGAAACAACUCGUAUCUCACUAUUAGUCACUACAUUGCUCAAUAUCCAGAAUAUUGCCAAAGUUUAAUCACUUAUUUGGUGGAUACAAAAGUCACUCACUGGGAGAAAUCUAUUCGCGAGCUUGCCUCCAAGACGUUGGCUAAAUUAUGUGACAGAGACUCUACUUUUAUUUUCAACCAUAUUAUUCCAAUAUUGAUUGAUCGAUGUGUGGAGAAUGAUCUCAAUGCAAGACAUGGCAGUUUAUUGGCGCUCUCAGAGGUGAUUCUUGCACUCAAGACAAGUGGCAUUUCAUUUGACGAGAAUUUGCAAGAAAAAAUUCGACACAUUGUACCAAAUAUUGAAGCAAAAAGAUUAUACCGUGGCAAGGGUGGAGAAAUUAUGAGAGAAGCGGUUUCAAGAUUCAUUGAAUGCAUGUCUCUCAGUCAUAUCACUUUACCUGCUACGAUGGUAGUAACUUCCUCAUUCGGCAAUCGCCAACUCAAAAAGGAGCCCCUCUCCAUUUUCCAAGAAACCAUUGAUGAAAAUUUGAAACAUCCUAACAAUGAAAUUAUUGAAAUGGCUGUCAACUCACUAAAAGCUUUCGCAGCCGAGUACUAUGAGGCACAUGCUGAAUUUGCCCAAGAGAUUGCCCAGAAGUACAUUCAACAGUUGGGAACUGAGAUUAAUCCAGCCACUCGACGAGGUCUUGCACUCGCUCUCGGAGUUUUACCAAGACAAGUCAUUGAGCCUAACUUUAAUCAAGCCAUUGAUGUUCUCAUCAGCAAACUUGAAUUGGAACAAGAUCCAGAUUUACAAGAUGCUGAUGCAAGAAGAAACGCAAUUCUUGGUAUCAUUUCUCUCUGUGAAAAUGUUGGUAUUGGAGACAAUGGUAUUACUGAGUUGAAUGUUAACAAAAUUUUCAAUGCCUUUAUUAAGGGAUCCAAUGAUUAUGCUGUCGAUAAGAGAGGUGACGUAGGAUCAUGGGUUCGAGAGGCCGCCAUGACUGCAUUAGAACGAUGGGCCUAUUUGUUAGCCGCUAGGAACGACAGCAGUGGCCAAACUGCCACUCUCUUCAGUGUCGAAAUGGGUACCAAUUUGAUGCGAGCUCUCUUGAAGCAAGCUGUUGAAAAAAUUGAUCGAGUCAGAGAUAAUGCCUCAAAAAUCAUUUGCCGCAUUCUAUCGAAUGAUCUCGUACGAAACAUUCCACACAAACAAGAGCUUGCCUCAGUCAUUGUGCAUCAUGAUAGCACUUCUGAACUCAUCGAUUGGUCCUCUGCCGAGAAGUCAUUCCCAAUCUUUGUCAAGUUAUUGAUUUUGGACAUUUACAGAUAUUCCAUUUUGAGUGGACUUGUGGUGAGUAUGGGUGGUAUGUCGAGCCAUGUUUUCAAAUACAGCACCACUGCUCUCAUUGAAUACAUGAAACAAGAACAGCAAGAAUUGGGAGAAAAAGUCUUUUCAGACAUGUUGGCUGUUGGUUUGGAAUAUGCUCAAGAUGAUCGAGUCAUUGUUCCUCUUUUGAAAUCAUUCGCCUUAUUACUUGGUCAUGGAGUUUUUGAAAAGUUCCAACCACCUCAAUACAACAUGAGUGAGCAAUUAGUGAUCAAUACCACCAAAGAAAUUAUUGGCACCUGCAAAAACGUACAAAAAAUCAUGCUUGCUGUCGAUGUAUUCUGUGAACUCAUCAAAUUUGAAAAUCCCACCAAAGAAAAGGCAUUCCAGCGACUCUUCCACACAUGCCUCAUGAGCAAAUUCCCCAAAGUUCGUGAAUACACUGCCAAUCAAUUGUAUGGAGCUCUUCAAGUGUGUGGCGAUGCAGUCAUGAGAGAUGAUAACGAAGCCCUCGAUAUGGCUCUCGAUGUGUUGUGUAGCACUCAUUGGCUGGAAGGAAUUGCUGUCGUGAAACCAGCCGUAGAAAAAUUGUACGAAGUGACUCAAAUUCCAAAACCUAAAACAGUAACACCACAGAACUCGAGUAGUGGCACAUCAGUACAGGUAGCAUCACCCACAAAGCAAGAGGAAUAA